AUGAGUUCGCCCGCUCCUCUGGCCCGACGCGCCAGUGACGCUGCACUCAGUUCAGACCAUGAAGACCAAGAAUCCAGACACCGAGUCCAUCAACAAACAAGUAAACAACCCACCGACCAACCCCACACAUACCACGACGAAGACCAAGACUACUCGGACCAUGACUACGAACAUGAAGACGAUGCCUUCUCUCCUCAGCACGACGACUUAUACAAUCAAGACGACUCGGACCUCCCGCCGUUACCCAUGUCCAGCGACAGCCUGCUGCUCCCCCACAGCGAUGUCUACGAUGAGCGCGAGAUGAGGAGGAAACUCAUGGACGUCGAAUCCAGCUUCAUGCCCGACCUGCUGUCCGCCCGCGUUCCAAACGAAAGAACCGGUGCCGAUGAUACCUAUCUCAACAUCAAACACCAACAAGACAGUGACAUUCCGCCCAUUCAUGAGCAAACAGAAGAGGACAUCGUUGAGGAAGACGCUGUACAUGACGAGGAAGAAGAAGAAGGAGGAGAAGAAGAAGAAAGGGAAGAGGACGAAGUCGCAUCCAUCACAUCUGCUGCUGCCAUACAACCCUCGUCCCCUGCCGCUGCUGCCGCCGAGCGUUCCUCAAUGCGUGCUGAGCCUGUGCGACGGGUAUCCGAAAACGACCACGACCUGUCGACCGCCUUCACUAGACUCACCUUGCGCUCUGACGCCUCCAAGGAUACAGACCUAAGAGCAUCAUCCCGAAACUUGGCACAACCCUCUUCCUCUGAACACCGUAACUUUUCUUCUUCGUACAGAGAAACCACUCGUUCAUCCAAAGAAGCCUUACAAGGAGGCCCGUCACAAGAGCCUGAACAUUCCUUNUUGUCCACUACCUCAGCCUCAACAAAGCCGGAAGACGUCCCCUUGCCUAUCUCAGAUAGAAGCUUGCUCGAUCUGGGGAGCCUUCACUCGGCCUCGUCACGUUUGCAGAAGAGACCAAGCUAUACCUCUCAAAGAAACCCCAGCCACUUGUCUGCUAUGUCGAAUGCCGAUACUGAAUAUUCAGCUGGUGAUUACGCUCUGCAGACAGGCGGCGCCAUCCCAGAAGACCACUCAUUCAGUCACGGCCGUCCACUCUCACGUCUGCCCAGUCUUGGUAGUGUCGUUUCAGCAAUGUCCAGAGACAGCGAACCCAAUCCUCCUCCUUUGAAUCGUGGAAACUCAGUCCUGGCAAGCAUUCGCGCAGAACGCGCCCUAGAGAACUUGGAAGAGGAGGACAAGGUUUCGAUCGCCUCGGAUCCCGUAACACCUCGUCCACCAGACAUGUUCGAAUUUCACGCUCCAACAGACACCAUCAUCACUAGACAUGUGCAAAAUAUCCAAGUGCCAGAUACUGUCGCAAAGGAGUACCGCCAGCAGAACCGUCCUAUUUCUCCAGACAAGCGACCAGCCUCCUCAUCCAAUGCCCUGACUUUUGGCAACCGUCCAGGCGGUAAUCUUACCCUCAAGGAGCAGAACAGCAAGAUCGACAAGCUCACCAAGGAGAACUUCGACCUCAAACUCAAAAUUCAUUUCCUCGACCAGGCCUUGCAAAAUCGUUCCGAAGAAGGUGUGAAGGACAUGAUUAACAAGAAUGUUCAAUUCCAGACCGAUCUCGCCAACGAACGAAAGGAGAACCAAUCACUGCGUCGCAAAAUUCGUGAUCUUGAGAAGAGACUCAAACAAUCAGAGCUGGAUCUGGCAGAAGCCCGUAAAGCUGCCCAGGAGGCGGCUGGCAACGGUCAUGAAGAGCUUGAGUACGAAAUACUGCAAUUGAGCGAAGAACUUGAUAGAAAGACAAUACAGAUUGCACACCUGUCUGCCGAGAACAUGGCCAAGGAGGUGGAGAAGCGCAAAAUGAAAGAAUACAUGACUGCCAUGAAUGAGAGACGGGGCUCAGAGCAUGACAUUGUGGAAGAAGAAUCCGAAAUGUGGAAAGACCUUCUCACAACAGAGACUGCUCGUAGGGAACAGGCCGAAGAAGACAUUCGCAAACUCCGUGAAGAAGUCAUCAUGCUGAGAAGUGAAAAGGCUUCAGAAGCAAGCAGAGGACUUAACAUCAACAGGAUGAGCAAUAUCAGGUCCCAGUCCAUUGGGUCAGAACAUAUCGACAAUCGCAGCGGCGCCGUCUCAGCCUCGAGCUCCACUCUCGUUGACCAGUUGCAGCACGAAAAUGCUGAAUUGCGCCGCGAUCUUGGUGCUCAAACGUCAAUGCUCACGUCUCGGAACCGUGAGAGAGAACGUUUACAGCAAGAAAUUGAGGACUUGAAACUGUUGCAUCGCAAGGUUGAAGGCAGCCGCUCCAUGACAGGUGACAGCAUCUUUGACCGUUCCGUAUCCCGGCAAAAUCAAUACCAGCGAUCUACGUCUCGUACUAGUGGUCAAACUCAAGGCACUAUGAGCGAUGCUGAAAGAGACGGUUAUGAACAACGAGAAGGCAUCCUGCGCGAUCAGAACGCCGCACUGAGAUUGGACUUCCAGGACAUGCAACGACAGUUCAAUGAGCAAACAGAACUUAUCGCAGAGCUCGAAGAGGCUGUGCAGAUCUCCGAGAAUGAGUUGGAUGCUGCUGUUGAAGACUUGAGGACAGUCCAAAACCAGCGCAACGAAGCCAUCCAACAAUUAGAAGCGACAGAGAUAGAACUCGAACAGGUCAAGGCCGACCACGAGAAACUCAGGAUCGAAGCUGUUAGUGCCAUCGAAGAUCUGGAGGACAGUCUUGAUAAGACAGAACAAGGGCGCGAGCGUAUCGCUUCAGACCUGAAAGAUCGCGAAGAUGACUUCAAGGCCCUGCAGCGCGAGUUGCAUAGCCUCAACGACAGCCUCGUCCAGCUCGAAGAUGAUAGGACAGCAGCUAUGAAGCGUAUCGAGAUGCUUGAGCAAGAGCUCGAAGACGCGAACAUUGAGCUUGACGAGAUGGAGAAGAACUUGCGCGAGACUGCACUGAAGAACAGCCGGCUUGAUGUUCAGGCAGAAUCUUUGCACAAUGAGAUCUCCUUCCUUCGUGAAGAGCAAGAAGGCGACAAGAUCAAGAUAGGCGACCUGGAAAACAACCUCGCCGCUGCUCAGCAGAUGAUUCAAGACGAGAAGGAGAAGAUGCAAGAGCUUGAGGAGAGUCUUGUGGAGGAACGCCGCCAGCGUGAGAUUGUCGACAACCAAUCCAAGCAGGACGUGCAGAAGAUGAUCGAUGAUCUCAAUGACGAAAACGCAAAGUCGAAGGAUGAAAUCAGAAGCAUCAAGCAAACUCUACGUCAAGCGGAAACCGAAACCACAAAGUACAAGACCAGACUGGAAGAACUCGAGACCAAUCUCAGACGGGUACUUGGUGACAGACGCUCUGGCUGGCUUCAAGAGAUUCAGAGAAUGCAGGACGAAUUGGAGAACACCAUCCAAGAUCUCGGCGAGGCCAAGGCACAACUGGCAGAGAAGGAUCGUCUGCUACGCAACAGAGAUCAACUGCUCGAAAGCAGUGGCUUAGAAAGCAAAAGACUAUCCGAAAUGCUUGACAAGGAACGAUCACUUCGUCGCAAAGACCUCCACCAGUUCGAGCAGUCUCAACGUGGCAAUUCUACCAACGCACGCAUGAUGGCUCAACACGAAUCUCGCGCUUUGGAUCUGGAGACAGCUCGCAGUCAAGAUCGCCGCAAGAUGAUGCAACUUGAACAGCAAUACCGUGACCAACUGGUCGAGCGUAACCAACUGCUGUUCACCCUAUGGACGAAGCUGUCAGACCUCUGCGGCAACGCAUGGGCUUCUCACCACAGCAGCAUCAACGGCGAACCCGCAUCCAUCGACAGCAUAUCUCGCAAUCUCCAGCCCUUCACCCGCAACAUUAUGUCCGCGAUAAAGACCAUCGAGACCUUGAUGUCAAACUGCAAAGCCCAGAUCCGUAGCGUCGAGAAGAACCUCCGCAAAGACUACCAAGUUCUAGAGCAAAACCUCGACGUCCGUGUCAAGAAAAUGGAGUUCCUGGAACGCGCAGUCAAAGAAGCCCAAUCAGCCAUCGAAACACAAGCCCAAGAAUCCGCACAGCUGCGCUCUCAACAAAACAUGAACAGAAGCUCCAAAACCAGCAUCGAAGAAGUCGCCAAACUCAAGCAAGAGAUUAAGGUUCUCAAAGCCGAGAUUCGCUUCCACAAAUCUGCUGCAGAGAAAACCGGAAGUGGCAAAGAUGCAGCUGCAGACAGAAAAGACACGAGCAAUCAACUCACACCCAGAGCUAGUAUGGCAAACUCGUUACUCGGACAUCAUUCAAGUUCUGCGAUUGAAGUGUUGCAAGGACAAAACGCACCACCAGCAAACUCUACCAAAAACCCUGCUAUUGUGAUUGCCACACCGCCAAUUCAACCUUCCGAACAACGCUGGAUCCACAGACUCAAAGAACUGGAAAGAAGACUCAAAGCAGAAAGAGAAGGUAGAUUGCUAGACCGCAAGGGCGCGAGACAAAGACUUGAAGAACGAGACUCUCAACUUGAGGAUUUGAGAGGUAUGUUGGAGAGAAAAAGACAGAAGAGGCAGUAUGGGGAGUUCCCAGCAGUGGGAAGAAGGGGCAGAGGAGGGUAG